UAAUUGCUUCAUCCUCGACUAACAAAUGCUUUUCGAGAAUGAUAGCCAAAUAGUGUUUUCAUGGGCGUACCCUUCUCCAACGAGGACUUCAAUGGCAGGUUGGGAAUGGGGCCCUGGCCUCUAUUCAUCAUUCGAUUUGGGUGCCAGCAUGUCACCCACAGCCCCCUAUGUGUCUUCCACAUAUAGAUCUGGAGGGUAAUGACCCGAAUGUGGUGGAGCUUUUUGAUCAUAUAAGGGGCGGAUGGUGCAUCCAAUCGCUUCAGGAGAGGUUUUCUUUGGACGUAGUUCAUGCUAUAUUGGCGAUUCCCUUGCCUCGUUUGGGUAUGGAGGAUAGAUUGAUAUGGCAUGACACGACUAAUGGUGUGUUCUCUGUUAAAUCAGCGUAUCACCUAGCGGUGUUGGUUGAUAGGCAGGAGGGUACUUGGAGUCAAGUGGUCAGCUGGAUGGAUAGGACGAGCUGGAUGCGAAUGUGGGCCCUCAAGAUUCCACCAAAGCUUUAGUUGUUAGUAUGGCAAAUCCUUCAUCGUAUCUUGCCUACGACUGAGGCACUCAUUGAGAAAAGGGUACUGAUGUUGCCUAGGUGUCCGGUGUGCUGUGCGGAAUCUGAAACAAUGGAACAUCUUUUCUGGGAAUGUUCGGUCGCUGCAGCUCUUUGCGCAUCUUCGGGCUUGGAGCACUUGGGUCAUGAUUUGCCGAGAGAGACUUUUCCUUUAUUCCUCAAGCAGUGUUUGCUUAGGAUGGAUCAGCCGACUCAGAUCAUGGCUCUGGUUGCCCUCUUAUGGUGUAUUUGGAAGUCUCGUAACUGGGCAGUCUUUGAGGGAAAACAGUUCACAAUUACUCUUUAAUGCGUCAAUAUCAGCAGCAGCUUCAUGAAUGGGUCUCUUUGUCAGAGUAUCCGCUGGUUCAGUGGUGGGUACCACAGAGUGUUAAUGGAAGGGAGGGGGCCUUGCCUCAUAUCGUUUGUAUGUGGGAUGGUGCGGUAAGUGAUGGCUCGCAUUCAGCGGGAGGUUUGGUGGUAAAGGAUGGCGGUGGAAAUGUGCUCUUGGUUAAAGGAGUGUCUUUUUCCAUGCAUCAUGGACCCUCUAGUGGUGUAAUGCUCUUGGUUUCCCCCAAGUUAUGUUUGAGAGUGAUGCUAAGGUGCUCAUUGAUAAGAUUAAUGCCAACGAUGCUCUGGAUGGACGUGUUGGGCCAUUAUUCAGGAAAUUUUGACUUUGUUGGCUCUGCAUAGUGGUUUCCAGGUUAGGUUCGUAGGUCGGAAUAGAAAUAGGGUAGCCCAUGUUGUGGCUCGAAAUGCCCUGUCUUUGUCUCCGGCCUCGUGUCAAUUAUACGAUUUUCGUGCCUGGGUUGGUUCCAGGAUGUAACUUGUGAUCUCUUCUUAAUCAAUAUGAUUAUCUUUUGUCCAAAAAAAAACAUAUGCGUUUUAUAUGUAACUUAUAUGUAUCGUAUUUUAUUAACUACGAGUAAGCACGUUUAACUUCAGAGUUCUUACAAUAACUCUUAUCUUUCACCAAAAAAUGUGUCUUGUCACAAUUAAAGUCGAUUUCGUACUUAUAAACAUAGUUAGUAAAUACUCCGUUUAAUACAUGUAUAUAUGUACGUAUGUAUUUUAUGCAUUUUGAACUCCCAUUUUCGUAUAUUGUCAAACUGUUUCAUUUUUUGUUGUUCAUUUGAUGACUUACGUACUAAACAUGUAUUAAACCUGUAUAACACGUUUAAUAUCCAUAUUCAAUGAAUUAAAUUAAUAAUUUGAAUAUUAUAUGUUUAUUUAUAUAUUUCUAAAAUAAGUAAAUUCAUACAUUUUAUGCCUAUUAACAUCCUAUCACACUUACCAUUAAUUUUAGUAAUGAAACGAACUACCCAUAUGUAUUAUAUACGUAACUUACACGUACUGUAUUUUACUAACUAUACUUAUAAAUCAUAUACCUCUCGUCCUUUGACAAUGUGAAAUUUCCUUCAAAAUGUUUAAAAAAAUACUUCUGAUUUUGUUCAAUAAAAAUAAAGAACCCGCUGCGACCCAAAAGUCUUCGAAAAAUUCGUUUGCAUGAAGUUGAGUGGAUCAAGUCUCCGUCAACCAUAGAUAUUUUCGGGCUCAUAAUGCUUGUCGUAGUCGUUUACGCUAAAGAGAAGAACAAUUAGAAAGUAACGGCAUGGGAAUGGGAUGGGACGCGAAACGGCACAAAAAGUAGUGCACCAUAUUGAUGCCUAUGUCGUGCUUCUUGCCGAGGCUCCUCUGUUUGUCCUCUAAGCUGUAGCUGGAAGCUGGUGCCAAAAUCCACUGCUAGCUGGAAUAUUACAAUAACGUUAACUCCCAUGA